CAUCAGUUCUUCAGCACUCAGUCUUCUUUAUGGUCCAACUCUCACAUCCAUAUAUGACUACUGGAAAAACCAUAGCUUUGAGUACAGGGACCUUUGUCCGCAAACGGAUAUCUCCAUUUUUUAAUACACAGUCUCGCUUCAGAGCCUUAGGAAAACGCAGAGCCUUCAGCGAGAGGUCAUUUCAAGGGAAGUUGCCUGGUGGGCUACUCCAGACAGUGGGAGUGGUGAGCACGGUCAGAUCCUCAGAUGGAGGGCCUCAGAGAAUCCACAAUCUCCUGGACUGGUGACCUUUACACUGAGUUGAGGGAGCCAGAGACCUCUCCUUAAGGACCUACUUGAUUAUUUUAUCUUGUGUGUAAUUGGGCAAAUUCUAGGCAAGUUCUAGAUUUUUGUUAGUACUUAAAUACGUGGAAAUAUUCAUUAUUUAGAUGAAAGGGUAUCUGGGAGGGAAGAUACUGAUCAAUGACAAAAUUUCUAAGAACUCUGAGUUGUUUCCAACUGGGAAAGAUUCUACCUCAAGCACAUUCUAUGUCACAUCCUCUGGCGUGAAUGUUACAUGAUUUUCUUUGCUAGGCAACAUUUAGUUCACUGAGAUUUUCUUUGCCUAGGAGUUUUGGUAAUGUGCUGGGGUUCAGGGGGCUAGUGAAACAGCAUAUGAAACAACUGACCAGCUUAAACUGGUUUGACCUUCUCAAAUAGAUUGUUGAUUAAUCACACCUUGAGUCAUUUUACAAGGAAAGAACUGCAUGUGUCCAAGAAGGAACACAUGACCUCAAUAUGACCCCGGAGCCAAGCUCUUCAGUCUGCAAAACUCAGAGAAGAGAAAUAUUGCCCCCGGCCAUUUACAAAGUGAGACCUCCUUCAAUGAGGAAAACCUGGCUUCCUGUAACCUAAGUAGCGAAAAGGGACUAAUUGAAGACUAGCCAAUUAGCUUCCAAGUUAGAAAUUCCCCUGACCCCUUAGAUUGCACCCAGGCUCCUGGGUUGAACAGAGAUUUGAUACCUUGCGUCCUGCAUUUGUAGGCCUUGCAGUAAAGCUCUUUUCUCUAAAACUCUUGCCAUAAGUGUUGACUUCUCUGAGCAUCGGGCAGUGAGCCCAUGUUCCGUGAGUUUGGGCAGCCUUGUUGAGGUUUAGGACUUGUGACCAUCUGCUUGAUGCACUGUAGCCCCUGGUGGGCCUUCAACACCAACCCUGAGUGUCACCUAUACUGAGUUUGUCUAGAGAGUUGGCUCUCAGGUUCCUGUUUGCUAGCCAUGGCACUCUGGGCUCCUCUGGCUUCUGGGGCUCCUUUCACUUUUAAGGAAGGAAACAGCUCCUGGAUCAGACAUCUUUGGGGUUCCAGCAUCACCUACUUCCUGCCUGCUUCCCUGCCCGCUGUGCCUGCUGAUAGUCAUGCCUCGGGGGCAGAAGAGCAAGCGCCGUGGACGUGAGAAACGCCGCCAGGCACGCAUGGAGGCCAAGGAUCUCGGGAAUGCUCAGGCUGCUGCCACCCCCACCCCUACUUCUGGGGGUACGCCCCCGGGCUCCCCCCCUGCCGGUGCAGGCCAGAAGCCUCAGGGAGCUGCAGCCACUAGCUCUCCUGUUGUAGGGGCUUCACACCCAAGAUCUAAAGCACGUGGCAGGGGCCAAGUUGAGGAACGUGAAAAUUCCUCCCGGGCCUCAACCUCUGCUAAGACCACUCCUCUAGAUCCUCUGACGGAGAAGGCAGGAGUGUUGGUCAAUUUCCUGCUUGAUAAGUGUAAGAUGAAAGAGCCCAUUAGGAGGCUAGAUAUGCGGAAGCUUUUUCACAAAAGGUACAAGACACGCUUCCCCGAGAUCCUCAGGAGAGCAGCUAAAUGCAUGGAGCUGUCAUUUGGUCUUGAAUUGAAGGAAGGCAAGCCGAAUGGUUACUCCUAUACCCUGGUCAGCAAGAUAGGCCUCAUCGGUGAUGAGAUGCUGAGCAGCAGCUGUGAGGUGCCAAAGAAUGGGCUUCUGAUGCCUCUGCUGAAUGUGAUCUACCUGAAUGGCAACCGCGCCUCUGAGGCUGAUGUCUGGGAGUUCCUGAAUGUUCUGGGCAUCUAUGAUGGAAAGCAGCAUGUAAUCUUUGGGGAUCCCAGGAAGCUCAUCACGGAAGAGUGGGUGCAGCAGAAUUACCUGGUGUAUCAUCAGAUUCCCGACAGCGAUCCCCUGAGCUAUGAGUUCCUGUGGGGCUCAAGAGCCUACGCUGAAACCAGAAAGAUGAAGGUGCUGGAGUUUUUGGCCAAGAUCAAGAGUACCAUCCCCAGUGCUUUCCCGUUGCAUUAUGCUGUAGCUUUGGGAGAAGAGAAGAGAUCCCGAGGCAGAUCUCUAGUUAGGUCUCGUGGUGCUGCCAGGGCCACUGCCUGCUCCAGGGUCCCACCCAGAGAUCCAUCCAGUGCCCAGUGAGUUCUCAGGCGGCAGCUUCACUUUCUUUGACCAAUACUGCCAACCUUUUAAGAAGUGAGAGGCUAAAGUAGGGCUGGAAAUGUCAAUACGUAUCUUCUUUGUGUUCCUGUUUUACACUAUUACCUUUCAAAUGUUGUUUCAUUUCCCAGAAUGUUUGUUUAGAUUCAGAAUCCAAGUUUACGAAUGACAUGGAUCACAGAUUUGUUGUUGUCUGUCAGAUCUAAGAGUAAGAGUUUUGGUACUGUGUAGUGUAAUUCAGAAAAUCCUUCCUCUUUUGAGAUCCAGAACAUGAUAACAUAGCUUUGGAAUAGUAAUUUUCUUGGAAAUGUGAAAGAAUGUUGUAGUUUUAAAACAGAUGAAAAUCAAGUAAGCUGUAGUCAAGUUUUGAUUUAUGUUAUUCACCUUUGUCUCUCUCUCUAUAACAUUCAGUAGUACCCUUAGCGAUAUAUUUAGAUGUUGUUAGCUUAUUCAAGAAUGCCGAUAAAAACAAUGAGAAACUAC